AUGGAGUUGACAGGGCUACAAGCCCAGCCUUUGGCUACGUCUAAAAUUACAGAUACCAACACGAUGACGUCCGGAUCAGUGUUACACCAGUAUCCUCUUGUGAAGCUUCCACACCCAUUCCUCACCUCAUACCGAGUGAACGUUGUUCGCGAAACGUCGCCCGCCAGUCUCAAAUUGUCAUUCGAUGAGCAGCCGUGGGCUGGAAAACCUUUGUCGCAACCACUACAUAACGACUCACUUUCAUGGCUUGAUCUAGAUUUCCUGCCACAAAAUGAGCGACCGCCCAUCUCGAACAAUAGUUCCUGGGCGAGAGCGCGAAGAAGCCCUCAAACUACCUUCGAAUGGACUCAAAAUACUGCGCCUUCGCUGGGUCAAAUAUGGAACGUCAUUCAUGCAAUUUACCUGGCUUACCCUACUCACGAAUACUUCCGACUUUCACUAGUCGGAGCAAAAAAGGAAAUCGUCCGCCAGGAACUACUUUCUACAGGCCUAGGAAUUGAACACCCAAAGCCAUGGAGACCCAAGGAUGAUCUCGCUUUUACAACAGACGAGAUCCUCAUCCUUAGAAGUGCCUUCUGGCAAGGAGCAGCUUCCCCAAUGGGACCCCGUCCGAUAUGGGUAGUCGGAGAUGGAACGGAUGGCAUAUUGCGCGAAUCACUAUCCCAGUAUCCAAUCAUGCCUGAAAAUCAUCACUUCACAAUGAAAUUCCCAGAAGAACCUAUCUACACUCGUCACCCAAUACGCCGCCCAAAACCACAUCCCGGAUCAAUUGCCUACAGUCGAUACAUACCUGAUCUAGAUGAAUACUUCUCGCUUGAAGUCGUUGAUUGGCAGGAUGAUGAGCAUUUGAAAAUAUUUAAUAGAUGGCAAAACGAUCCGCGCGUGGCCAAAGGCUGGAACGAGACCGGGACAUUGGAGCAGCAUCGCGAAUAUUUAAGAAAAUUGCAUUUUGAUCCUCAUGUUCUGUGCUUAUUUGGACGGUUCAAUGAGACGAGAUUUUCUUAUUUUGAACUUUAUUGGGCAAAGGAGGAUCAUUACGGCGCCCAUUACGCAGCCGGCGACUACGAUCGAGGACGCCAUUCUCUCGUCGGCGACGCGUCAUUCCGGGGCUCACAGCGCGUAAACGUAUGGUAUUCCAGCUGUAUCCAUUAUUGCUUCCUGGACGAUCCACGCACCGCCAACGUAGUGGGCGAGCCGAAAGCUUCGGGUGGAACCAUUCUGUCAUACGAGAACUCCCAAGGCCUCGUCAUCGAUAAGUAUGUCGAUCUGGGCCAUAAGCGAUCGGUGCAUUCGAUUGCUAGUAGAGAGAAGUGGUUUCAAUUAUGUCCCUUGUUUUGGGAUGGGAGAGAACGGCCAUUGGAGUCGGCGGAUCGAGCGGCAUGGAAUGCGAAGCUAUAG